GACGGGUUCGCGACUGUUUAUCUCUUUGUUUUCGCAUUCAGCUCGCAAUUGCUGUUUGUUUCUGCUUUUUUGUUGUAUAAGAGCGAGAGAGGUAUGUCGUUUUUAUGUACAUCGCGCCUGCUUCGGCGGCAGGUGGGUUUGAAGCCCAGCAGUCGACUUCACAGCCCGACGAUACGGAUAAGUCCAUCGACGGGCUCGGUGCGCUUCGCGAUGAGUGAGAUCAACCCGUCGAAUCCAGAAGAAGAAGAGGUGUCGACAAAGAUAAAGACCGGACUGUACGCGCCAAUACUGUACAGUGUCGACUACAUCAAUCCGUACGAGAAAUCGGUCGCUCGUCAGCCGAUAUACACCGCCCCGUCGUCGUUCCAUGUCGCGGCCACGAAGCGGACAAUGUGGACGUUUGCAGUCAUUGGUGGAUACUUUUCGACAGCGAUGAUGGCGAUGGACGGUAUACCGCUGUCGCUGUCGCUGCUGGUCGGCAUCCCGUCUGUCCUGCCUCUACCGAUAACAUACUGGCUCACGGCGCCGUACGUGAACCGCAUCUUCCGGAUAUACGACCAACCCGAGGGCGAGCCGGUCGACGUCGAGAAGCUGAAGGAGAACGAGGAGUUUAUUUUUGAGUGCAUUGGUGUGUUUGGACGCGGACUGUACAACACCCGAGUCAAGCUUUCGGACCUGCGGGUGGUGAACAAGCGGUUUGGAUGGGUCACUCUCGAGGUGACGGACGAGAGCGCAAAGAAGAUCAAGCCAAAGAGGAAUUUUCUUUUAGAUGCGUUUGAUGGGCUGCGUACGAGACGGUGGUUCUACGUUGCUGACGACGUGGGUGGUUACAAGAUGGAGCGCAUAUGGGCUAUUAUCGAUAGGCAGAGUGGAGUUGACAACGGGAGGGAUUAAAGUAUGGUGAUACAGCUUUUUUGUAUUUAGUA